AUGGUACGAAGCCCAGUAUGCACUUCUGAUUGGCUUCGAAACUUGUUGGCUACGCCGGGUUCAAGCAAAAUUUGCUUUGAAGAAUCUUUGGAUGCUCUUGAGAAGUUAGAUAUAGAUUUGGGCAAGCUUUCAAUUGAACCGACAAUCACGGAUUUGCAAACAAACAUGCCCUUAAGAGCCAAAGCCCAAACUUUGCUGGUUAAUACUGUGGCAAUCCUCUCGUCUCUCUCCCUCGUCUCUACCAGCGUGAAACUGAGCGUCCGGAACGACGGACGCCCCCAACGUGAAGGAGGAGACGAGCAGCGAAGCGAGGGAGCGCGAGCCGAGGGCGCCUCGCCGCCACAGCAUGAGCUUCGCGCCGGUCUGAGGACCUACGGUAACUACAACCUCCCCAAGCACUGCGACAACAACGAGGUCCUCAAAGCCCUCGCCAACGAGGCCGGCUGGACCGUCGAACCCGACGGCACCACUUACCGCAAGGGAUGCAAGCCAGCCGAGCGCAUCGACACAGUUGUGCAUUCAGCUUCACCUAGCCCAUAUUCUUCAUACCAACCAAGUCCAUAUGCAUCCUAUAAUCCCAGCCCAACAUCAUCAUCCUUCCCAAGCCCUGUUCGUUCAUCGCACCCAGCCAAUCCCUAUGAAACCAGUGAUGGGCAAAAUGACAACAAUGCCUUCCUCCCAUGGCUCAAGAACCUCUCUUCCAAGCGCCGCCAUCUCGGCUUCAUAAGCGCUCCGGUCACGCCUCCGUUAAGCACCCCAACUGCCCGAUCACCUCGUCGCCUCAAGAUCAGCGAGGAGGCCACCGAGUCUUUCAUGCAGUUUUGCAUCCCAAAUGGCAGUCAUCCAACAUCUCCUACAUUUAGCCUUGUGGCUCAGAAUCCCUUCAACCCGUUUGGAUCCUCGAGAAUGUGGACCCCAGGACAGAGUGGGACUUGCUCGCCUGUGGCCAUGGGCGAGAAUGGCCAUGUCCUCGAUGUUCAGAUGAUGAGUAAUGAUGGUUCUGACGAGUUUGCGUUUGGGAGCAGUAGCAAUGAUAACUCAGGGCCGGUGAAGGCGUGGGAAGGAGAGAGGAUACAUGAGGAGUGUGGACAUGAUGAUCUUGAGCUUACUCUUGGGAGCUCAAUUACUCGGUCUUGAAUCUUGAUGAGUAUUGAUCAGUAUUAUUGUUGUUGCUGCUGUAUCUCUCAUUUUUCUUGCAUAUUUGUGUAUAUUGGCGAAGGCAUGGGAAGAAGAGAGGAUACAUGAGGAGUCUGGAUCUUGAUGUUGUAUCUCUCAUUUUAUUGGAGAAAGAUGUUUUUUUAAAUUUAGUAAAGGUAAUGAGUGUUUAAAAGUAUGAUCUUUAUCCAGUGGCAUUCUUUUAUGGCUAAUUUACAACUUGGUGAUUGUAUUA